UGCAGGAAGGAAGAUGACAGAGUGACAGAAACAGCAGGAGGAGAUGACGACGUGUUGGCAGUUUCUGCUGUAUGAAGAAACAGUUCAGUUGCAGGUCCGACCUUCAACAGGAAAUGACAAUUUCCGCACCCUGAGCGAAACACUGCUCUUCUAAACAUGAGGCGUCUGUGAAGACUCAACAAUUUGUCAAUUCAGUUGGAUGACUUUAUGAAAUAGCCUACAAGACCAAGACGAUUGGCAGUAUCCUUGUGUUUGGGAGAGGCUGAGGAGGGAAGGCUUGUAGGCCCGAAAUAGACAGAAACAAUAUGGUACCAGUCCAAGAUGGGGCAUCCAGUCAAGGGGAAAAUUUGCUUCUUCCUCCUAAAGAGACUCACAGUGACAGUUCAGGACCCGGGAGGAUUCGACCAAGACAGUCUUCUCCUGCACGGAGGUUAGGGAUGACCAGAAGACAGAACAGAAAGGAUUUCAAAGACAGCGAAAACCCGGAAGAGAGUGAAAAGAGGCAUAAGGAGAAGGAGCUCAAACCGCUGUACAAGGAGCUUCUGUACACAAUCACUCAUCGAUUAGGGAAACCACACAUAAAACAGCAAUACAGUCACAAGCAGUUUCAAGACUACAUCAGAGAGGCAUUCACCAUGACAGAGGACGAGCAUAAAACCUUGAGUGAAAAAGUCCAGAGCUCACUGACUCCGACCUACUGCCUUGUGGUUACAGUGAAACAAGCCAAGGGAAUUCUGGGGAAGGACGUCAGUGGAUUCAGUGAUCCUUACUGUCUGCUGACCAUCUUAUCUGAAGACAAGGAGUCUCCAGGUGGUGGAGCGUCUAAUAAACCUCAGAAAGCAAUGGUGCGGGAAUCAGCUAAAGGACAAGUGUUGCAAACAAGCAUAAAGAAACAGACGCUCAACCCCAUCUGGGACGAGACCUUCAAACUGGAGUUUGACGACAUCAAUGGCAAUUUUCACAUGGAGAUGUGGGACAAAGAUGAGGAGGUGUCGCUGGUGCAAAAAUUCGAUGAGUUUUGUACAAACAUUCAUGGAAUUAAAAGGAUGAUAAAAGAUGCGAAAAAAGAGAAAGGCCAGGAUGAUUUUUUGGGGAAUGUUGUUCUGAAACUGAAGGACCUGCAUUGCACAGAGGACACAUGGUAUAACCUGGAGCCCCGAACAGAGACUUACCCAGACAGAGGACGGUGUCAUCUUCAGCUUAAAUUUAUUCACAAAGAGAGAGAUGAGACCCUGAGCGCGGGACGGAGCCCAUAUGUGAACUACUGUGGCAUCCUGCAACAGUUUGUUCAAGCCCACAUCUCUAAACAGCAGGACAGUAACCCGUGGAAGGGAGAGUUGUGCGGUGAAGGCACAGCCCUGCUCGAGUAUUACGCCAACCAGAAUGACAUUUCACCUUUCCUCCAAGACCUGGCGAAGUGGGUAGCAUACAGCAAACUCUACCAAAGCCUGGAGGUGGACUCGACUGUGCUUUUCCAGCAGUUAACCAGUAUCGAGUAUCACUGGGACCAGCAGGAACUCCCACACCAGCAGAAACAGGAGCUGGGUGACUCUCUGCAUGGGUUUCUUCAAUAUGGCCUGUGCUUGGUGUCCAAAUACAGGGAUAUUUACCCCCCAACCACCAAAACAACACCACGACUACAUACUCUGCUCAGGGUUCUUGUCCAGAUCUGUAAGACUCGGGCAUUUCAGAAGCUCAAUCCUGCUCAGUUUGACUUACAUGUUGAGGUCACAGAUGCUGUUGUUAAUGGCACAGAAGAAUGGUUUUAUAUUAAAAAAGGUUUACAUCAGCCUAUGACAAAGGACCUAUUAGAGACAGUCAGCGCCCUCUCUCGGUUAAUUGGAGAAGUGCAAGAAGACGUUCGACUCAGUAAAGACGUCUGGAAUAAGGUGUUUGUUAGUGCUGUUCAGCUAGACGUUUUCACUGUGGUUUAUCAAAAACUGGACACUUUGCUAGCAGAUGAGCUACGAGCUACACUCUCUCAGCUGGAGAAUCAAAUGGAUCAGCCGCUGGCAAACAGCCUGUUUCCAGUGUAUCUCUGCUUGCAAACGAUCCACAAAGACAAAGCCUUCUUACAAAAGAGGGCAAAGUUACUGCAACUCACAAGUUUUCAUGAGGACUUCAGAGAUGCUCUUCCAUACUGGUUAAACAAAGCUUUUAGCACCACAAUGGAGAGGGUGGAAAAGGCUGUGCACGUGGAUCAGUUGCAGCCACUGCAGAGCGGAACUGUUCCCAUCAAGCACAGCUCUUCUGCAGUGGACAUUGCUGCAUGUUUGCACCCCAUUGCUCAGCUCUGGGAUCAGUUGAGCUGGCCUGACCCGGAGGAGGCCUUCAUGCUCAUGGUCAAACUCACGGAGGAUGUGUGUAAGAUUGCAUCAACAUACUGUCAGAUGCUGAAAGCUCGAGUGAAGGAGCUCUCUGAGGACUCAGAUCGAGAAAGCGCCAUCAAAAUGCUUUGUGUGGUGGUGAACGAUCUGGAGCAUCUGCACACUGUUCUGACUCGUCUGCCAAAGCAGCUCAACUGGGCGGGGCUUAGAGAGAGAACGAGACACGUGAUUGGAGAAACUCAAUUCCAGAACACACUUCCAUCACAGCUGCAGCAUACACAGUCUCUUCUGAACCGAGAGAUCCGCUCGGCAGUUGACACACUCGGAAAAAAGCUAAAGACAGACAUUGAGUCACAUGUUCGCAGCAUGGCGUCACGUCAAAGGUUUCCCUCCAGAGAUACAGAGGAAGCUGUGGUUCCUUUAAUGAAAUAUCUGGAGAAAGAGCUGCAGUAUAUGAAUGAGAAUUUGGUUCAGGAGAAUUUUAACAGUCUUCUUACACCGCUGUGGAUGAACUCAGUUAAGAUCCUGCAUCAGAUCUCUCAGCAGGAAGACAGUAAUCUGGUUUAUUUUCAGAGGUUACUCUACACACUGCAGUGUUUGGAACAGUGUUUUUAUGCUGAAGGGAAUGGACUGCCUCUUGAAACACUACAUACUGAAGAAUAUAAGAUGCUGCGGGCAAACCUGACCCAAAACUCUUUAACCUCUAAUCAGCUGAUAGAGAAGUUCUUUGAGAGGAAAGUGUGGGAACAGAAAGUGUUUAAUGGAGAGAAAUAUGGAGCCGUCACUCUCAUCACAUCAUACAAACGCUCAGAAAACAAACUGCAUGUGGAGGUUCUCAACGCUGUCAAUCUGAUUCCUCUCGACUCAAACGGUUCCAGUGACCCAUUUGUUCAGCUGUCUUUAGAGCCAAGACAUUGGUUUCCUGAAGUAGAGCCACGGUCUACUAAAAUCAAGAACUGCGAUCUCAAUCCACUGUUUGAAGAGUCCUUUGAAUUUCUGAUCUCAUUACAGCAGUGUCAGUCUCCAGGAGCAUGUCUGCUGGUCACAGUUCUGGAUCACGACACUCUGAGGAGCGAUGACUUUGAAGGAGAAGCGUUUCUCUCACUGAAGGCCGUGCCAGGAGUCGGUGGUGGACUCCAAAAUCCAGAACCAGCACAGAUACGCUUACCUCUGAUGCAUCCCAAACCCAACAGUGAAAAUACCUUGAAGCUACUUGAGGCCAGAAAGGGUGAGAAAGAAGCACAGGCCUUCAUUAAACUACGUCGACAGAGAGAAAAGAAAUCUCAAGAAGCUUGAGAGGACAAAAAAAAAACAUCAACUCAAAAGACCCAUCUUAUCUAUUCCCUGUUAUCUGUUAUAUAUACAUACAGAAGACAUUAUUUAAAGCCAAACUUAUUAAUUACUGUAACAUGAAAUUGCCUUUUUUUUUUUUUUUUGAUGUCUUAAAAAAAUAAACCUACAGUAUUUUCA